AUGAAGCGAGCAUCAUGGCUAUUCUUGAUACCAAGCUUGGCAUCUGCCGGGUUCUUCCCACGGCCAGUCAUAGACCUUGGCCCGUCAAAUACAGAAAAUAGCCUUCUAGAUGUUGAUAUAACGACUACCAAUGGCUGGGGAACGUUUGACCAGCUCAUUAACCACUCCAACGCCAGCCUUGGCACAUUCAAGCAACGCUACUGGUAUGGAACGCAGUACUGGAAAGGUCCCGGGUCGCCCAUCAUUUAUUUCAACCCUGGCGAGCAAAGCGCGACCAAUUUCAACAACACCUUCAUGACCAACAGUCGACUGACCGGCCUCUUUGCGGAGGCGGUCGGUGGCGCCGUCGUGGUGACAGAACAUCGAUACUGGGGCGAAUCGUCCCCGUAUGACACGUUGACAAUUGACGCCUUGCAACACUUGACCGUGGAGAACAGCAUCAAAGAUAAUAUCUACUUCGCCAAGAAUUGGGUCCCUCCCUUUGAUGGCAGUGGUGAGAGCGCGCCAGACAAGGCCCCGUGGGUCUUCUCAGGUGGUUCAUAUACCGGCGCGAUGGCUCACUGGAUGCUCAACACCGAACCCGGGACCUUCUGGGCGUACCACAGCACCAGCGGUACUCUGGAGGCUAUUCGUGACUUCUGGCAAUACUUUCGGCCUGUCCAGGAGGCGACUCCAACGAACUGCAGCAGUGAUCUAAAUGCUGCGAUGGUCUAUAUUGACAAUCUCCUUCUGAACGGAACGGAACAAGAGAAGUUUGAGCUCAAGGAUAAAUUCAUGCUUGGAGACCAGGAAGAUGGUGACUUUGCCUCAUGGCUCGAGGUUGGCCCAUGGACAUGGCAGUCAACGCAAUUUUACACCGAAUCAGUCAAGGGAUAUAACGACUAUUAUAGAUUUUGCGACUACAUCGAGAACGUCUGGCCCGGCUCAGGAAACGAAGUGCCAGGACCGGAAGGAGUUGGAAAAGAUAAAGCCAUCGAUGGAUAUGCAAAGUGGAUGACCGAACAAUAUAUGGCAGGCUUAUGCGAAGCCUCGGGAUAUCCAGAGUGGCAAGGAACAUACAACACGGCCUGCUUUGCUCUGAGCAACGCAUCGAGUCCCAUGUACACGGAUUUGAGCGUCGACAAUUUUGCCGGCCGACAAUGGGAUUGGAUGCUGUGCAAUGAACCACUGCUAUACUGGCAAACGGGAGCCCCCAAAAGCGAGAGCAAGACCCUCGUGCCCCGGACCGCCAGCGCGGACUACUGGGAGAACGUCAUGUGUAACCUCGUAUUUCCGGAGGGCAGAUUCGGGCUCAGCAACGGCAAGACGGUGGAGGACUACAACAACUACACGUCCGGCUGGGCAGGAGAGUACAGCGAGGAUGCCCGGAUCAUGGAUGCGAACGGGCAAUUUGAUCCCUGGCGCGAUGCCACUCUAAGCUCAGUCGACCGGCCAGGCGGGCCGAAGCAAAGCACUCCAGAGCAUCCCGUCCGAGUCAUUCCCGGCGGUAUGCAUUGCUCUGAGUACUACAAGAACAACUGGGAUGUGAAUGAAGAGACAAAAAACAUCGCUUAUGAGGAGGUGGAAACGUUGAAGGGAUGGAUAGACGAGUUCUAUGAGGCCAAACGCAAGGCACAGAUGUAA